AUGAAAUUACUUCGACCCGUAUCAACCACCAGGCUCUCAGCCAGAAGUCUGCUGCAGCGCUCCCUAUCCAGUGCAAGAUCGGUUCCGGCUCAUCUUGAUUUCCGUGUGUUUGUGGACACACUGCGCGAAGACAACGACUUAGCCGACAUAAGAGCUGAAGUCGACCCAAAGCUGGAGGUUGCAGCUGCCAUCCGUCUGGCAUACGAACAGCGCACCAAAGCCCCAUUAUUCCACAAUGUGAAAGGGGCACAAAAUGGUUUAUUUCGCAUCCUUGGCGCACCAGCAGGGCUAUCGAGCGAUCCAAAGCUCCCAUAUCGACGACUUGCACGUCACCUCGCCCUUCCAGGCGAAGCCGGUGUGAAAGAUGUAAUCGACAAGAUGCUCUCGGCCAAGGGCGAAAAGCCCCUCCCUCCUGUGCACGUAUCAACCGGACCCUGCAAGGAGAGGAUCAUUACGGGUGAAGAUGUCGAUCUCACUAAAUUACCAGCCCCUCUCCUUAACCAGGCAGAUGGGGGGAAUUACAUACAGACGCUGGGAAUCAACAUCUUGCCCCACCCAACGGAGCCAUGGACAAACUGGUCCAUCGCACGAGCUAUGGUGUAUGACAAGACACGGAUGGUCGGUCUCAUCAUGAAACCACAGCAUAUUGCCCGAAUUUUCGGGGAAUGGAAAAAGACUGGUCAAGACGUACCCUAUGCCAUUGCCCUAGGUGCGCCGCCCAUUGCUACCAUGGCAGCGAGCAUGCCACUGCCGGCUGGUGUAUCCGAGGCUGAGUAUGUUGGCGCGCUCUGCGGUUCUCCUUUAGAACUCGUCAAGUGCGAAACCAACAAUAUUUAUGUCCCUGCAAACAGCGAGAUCGUGCUGGAAGGUACGAUUUCUAUCACGGACACUGCCAAGGAGGGCCCAUUCGGCGAGAUGCACGGCUACAGCUUCCUGGACGAGGGUUCCAUGCAGCCUCUCUAUACUGUCAAUGCAAUCACUCACCGUGAAAACCCAAUUCUCCCCGUGUGUGUGCCUGGGCGUGCGAACCUUGGCCCAGACGAGACACACACAAUGAUAGGAACGCUGGCUUCCGCCGAGAUGCGCCAGUUACUGCAAGAUCACGGCUUCCCUGUGACUCAAGUGUUCGCUCUUUUUGAAACGCAGGUCAUUUGGGCAGCUGUGCAAGUUGACCGCAAGAAACUGGCAGAACUAAAUACCAACGCCAAAGACUUCUGUAGCAAACUGGGUGACUUGGUGUUCCGCAACAAGUGUGGUAUGCAGAUCCACCGUUUACUAGUGGUAGGCGAGGACAUUAACCCCUUUGAUAUGAACGACGUGACAUGGGCAUUUGCGACGAGGUGUAGGCCGUCGAUGGACGAGUUUCAUUUUGAAGAUGUCCCGGCCUACCCACUCGUGCCGUACAUGUCGCACGGGCCUGGGACGAAACUGACAGGUGGAAAGGUCGUGGCUAACUGUCUAUUGCCGGAAGAAUAUAAAGGUAACCAGGGUUGGGUAACAUGUGAUUUUGAAAGCGGAUAUCCCGAGGGGGUAAAGAAGAGAGUCCUAAGCAGGCGACAGGAGUUUGGCUUGUAA